GGCUGAGACCCUUGGCCCAGUUGGCUCAAGUUCAGGACCCAGUUGGGCGGCCACCAGGGCUCUGAGGCCACAACGAGGGGAGAAGGGAAGAACCUCGGGCGAGGAGACUCGGGUCCGACUCCCCACUCUGAGCCUGCUUGGAUGAGUGGUGGUGGAAACAGCAUGGACCUCCCCUCCAGAAGAGGAAAGAGCUCAGAGAGGUGAAGGCACUUGCCCAAAGUCACGCAGCAGGAUGUCUGCAGCCAGCAUGUCAGAAGAAGAGACUGGGCAGCCCCCCAGAACCAGCCUGUGGGAGCCGGACCCGCAGAACGUGGUGCGGCGCGUGGCGGCCCUGCCCCUAGUCAGGACCACCUGCUCCGCCGUCUCGGAGGCUUACGGUGCCGCCAAGGACAGGCACCCGCUGCUGGGCUCCGCCUGCCGCCUGGCGGAGCACUGCGUGUGCGGCCUGACCGCCUGCGCCCUGGCCCGCGCCCGGCCGCUGCUCAGUCACCUGCAGCCCCAGCUGGCCACCAUGAACAGUCUCGCCUGCAGGGGCCUGGACAGGCUGGAGGAGAAGUUUCCGUUUCUCCAGCAGCCUUCGGAGACGCAGGUGGUGACCUCGGCCAAGGACACGGUGGCCAGCGGCGUGACGGACCUGGCCCGGCGGAGCCGGCGCUGGAGUGUGGACCUGAAGCGCUCGGUGAGCCACGCCGUGGACGUCGUGCUGGGCAAGUCGGAGGAGCUGGUGGACCACUUCCUGCCCAUGACUGAGGACGAGCUCGCGGCCCUGGCGGAGGAGGCUGAGGGCCCGGAAGUGGGCUCGGUGGAGGAGCAGAGGAGACAACAGGGCUACUUUGUGCGCCUGGGCUCCCUGUCGGCGCGGCUCCGCCACCGGGCAUAUGAACACUCUCUGGGGAAACUGAGGCAGAAGAAACACCACGCCCAGGACACGCUGGCCCAGCUGCAGGAGACCCUGGAGCUGAUCAAUGUCAUGCAGUGCGGGGCCACACCCGCUGCCCCCGCCCGCCCUGGGAAGGUGCACCAGCUCUGGGAGGACUGGAGCCAGCGCUCGCCAGAAAACGGGCGGCGCCGUAGCCAGGCAGAGCUGGAGACGCUCGUCCUGUCCCGGAGUCUGAUGCGGGAGCUGCAGGGCACCGUGGACGCGCUGGAGACCAGUGUGCGGGGCCUGCCCCCCAGCGCCCAGGACAAGGUGGCCGAGGUGCGGCGCAGCGUGGACGCCCUGCAGUCCGCGUUCGCCGACGCCCGCUGCUUCGGGGAUGUGCCGGCUGCCGCCCUGGCCGAGGGCCGCGGCAGUGUGGCCCGGGCCCACGCCUGUGUAGACGAGCUGCUGGAGCUGGUGGUGCAGGCCAUGCCGCUGCCCUGGCUGGUGGGGCCCUUCGCGCCCAUACUCGUGGAGCGGCCCGCGCCCCCCGCCGACCUGGAGGCUCUGGUGGACGAGGUCGUGGGGGGCCCUGACCCCCGCUGGGCUCACCUGGACUGGCCUGCCCAGCAGAGAGCCUGGGAGGCCCAGCACGGGGACGGGCCGGCCCUCCCAGGCGACAUUUCCAAGGAGGAACCCACGCCCCCCAGCCGCCCCAAGCACACCCUGAUGCCAGAGCUGGACUUCUAAGCCGAUGGGGCCGUGACCCAGACGAGGCCUGCGGAGGUCGCCCCGCCCUCGAUGCCCCUGCUGCCCCCUAGUGGCCAUGCGUGUGCAUUAACGGGCUGCAAGGGGGAGGUGGCCUAACCCUAACCCUAACCACCGAGGUCCCUGCUGCCCCCUAGUGGCACUAACAGACUGCACGGUGGCCUUGGCCCAAGUGCAGGGUCGGGGUGUGGGGCUAAAUUCAGAAUCCUAGACCAGCUUCACUGAUCCCAGACACUCCCCACUCUUUUCUUUGGACAUAUGGGGACGGGAGCCCAAUUCAGGUCCCAGUGACCCCAAACUGGGUUCCUCUGUCUGCGGUUCCCGUCCCUGCACCCUGAGAAAAGCAGAUCAAAAGUCUGCAGCUCAGAUCAGGUCAGAAACACGGCUUACCCAAUGGCUGUAUGGGGUUUUGAAGGGUUGGCGCCCUCCCUCCACCACCCUGCUUGUACAGCCUGGACUGGGGGGGGGGGUCGCUGAGCAGGUGCAGCAGCAUCAGAGCCACGCGGUUUGCCCUU